AUGACUUCUCCUACUAAAGAACAAAGUGAUCCAGCUGACAAUGCUCUCAAAAUUUUAGAAAAUGAGGCUCCAAACAACUGUAGUACAGAUAUAGAGCCUUCAUUUGCUGAUUCUAGUAUGAUCUCUCAUGUGGAAAGCCACCCAACGAACAGGGAGCUGGACACACCAAGCUGCCAGGAGCAUGCUGUUCCUCAAGCAGCAGAAAACAAUAAACUUGCAGUUGAGAAGCUCCAAAAAGAUUCUCAAAAAGAAGGUUUAAAAAGAGGGUUCCUUCUAAUUCAGAUUCCCAUUUCUACAAAGUGGAUCUUUCUCAUGUCAGGAUUAGGAAGAAUUACCUAUCUGGGUAUCCCACCAGUAAAAAUUGAUAAAAACAAUCCCUUAACUAAGAGAGCAAGAUUCAACUCAAGAAAAGUUGAGCUGAAAACAAGUGAUUUCUAUCAUAACGCCAUAAAUUACAAACUUUCUUUCCAAUUCUAAAUUUCAUGGAGAAUCUCAUUCAUCAACAACCAUGAGAUAAGAAGAGUGGCCCUCCAUCUGCUGUGUAGGAGACAUUUCUGUUGGGCUGCAGGUCAUCAAAAUACCACGUGGGUGAAGCCAAAAUAUAUAGCAUUUCUUCCUCAUCCAAAUGUCCUCACUCACAGGGAGAGAAGCACAAUAUUUGGAAGACCUUUGAAUUCGUAUUACUACUGUCCCCUCAUUGAGAGUCUGACAUCAAGAAAAUUUUCCAAAUCAACAGAUACUAAAGGAAAGGAUGGAUUCCACAUUUUAGUGAGGCCUGUGUUUUAUAUCCCACAGGCCCAAAUUCAAAACACAUUUCAUCGAAAAGCACUUGGGGUCUCACUACAACACGAGAGCUGUGAUUAUAAGCACCAAUAA